GACGCUGUGUCGGGCAGACUGAAGACUCCUUUCCUGGAGGGAUAUGCCUUAUUUUUGUGGAUUUCAUCUGGAGAAUUCGAGUUUGUGAUUUAAAGGUGUGGAUUUUUUUUUUUUUUACCCCCACAUUCUCAUAUCACCUCGGCUUGGUGGGGAGCCGGGGGAAAGGACUGGUGAAAUUCCUGUGGAAGAAGCUGCUUUAUUUUUUUUAUUUUUUUUUUACCUUGCAAAGAAACGCCAACAAAGAGCAUUCAGGGAAGUAGCCUGCUGCCUGGUGAGGUAACGCAAGUUAGUUCAGCAACAAACAGAAAGUACGGCAGCGGAUAAAUUCUUCACCAUGGCUUACAACAGGCUCCUUCGUGCGGUUUUGACUUUGUCGUUUUUUAUUCUGUUCCUAAACGUGGGGAUUUUUCGAGUAAACGGGCAGUACGGCGGCGGUGACCGAGGAAUGUCUAUACCGGAGCACGGAUUUUGCCAGCCGAUUUCCAUUCCGCUGUGUACGGACAUCGCGUACAACGAGACCAUCAUGCCAAACCUACUGGGUCACACCAACCAGGAGGACGCGGGACUGGAGGUCCACCAGUUCUACCCGCUGGUGAAAGUCCAGUGCUCCCCGGAUUUAAAGUUCUUCCUCUGCUCCAUGUAUGCGCCCGUGUGCACGGUGCUCGAGCAAGCGCUGCCGCCGUGCCGCUCUCUGUGCGAGCGCGCGCGGCAGGGCUGCGAGGCGCUCAUGAACAAGUUCGGCUUCCAGUGGCCCGACAGCCUCGCGUGCGAGUCCUUCCCGGUGCACGGCGCUGGAGAGCUGUGCGUCGGCCAAAACAUGUCGGACCGCACCGAGUCUGAGAGCCCCGGUCCGUACCCCACGGAGCGCAUACCUGAGGGCCCAGAUAACAGUCAGUUCAGGUGUCCGGCCUCGCUCAGGGUGCCUCCCUAUCUGAACUACCGCUUUCUCGGGCAGGAGAACUGCGGCGCUCCCUGCGAGCCAAAGAGAUCCCACGGGAUAAUGUACUUCAGCGAGGAGGAGCUCAAAUUUGCGCGGAUAUGGAUCGGCAUCUGGUCGGUGUUGUGCUGUGCUUCCACUUUAUUUACCGUGCUGACCUACCUGGUGGACAUGAAGCGCUUCAGCUACCCAGAGCGACCAAUCGUCUUCCUCUCUGGCUGCUACACUAUGGUGUCCAUCGCCUACAUCGCUGGAUUUUUACUGGAGGACAAGGUGGUUUGCAAUGACAGAUUUGAUAAUGAUAUAAGGACUGUGGUGCAGGGCACUAAAAAGGAGGGCUGCACCAUCCUCUUCAUGAUGCUCUACUUCUUCAGCAUGGCCAGCUCAAUCUGGUGGGUCAUCCUGGCUCUCACCUGGUUCCUGGCAGCGGGGAUGAAAUGGGGCCACGAGGCCAUUGAGGCCAACUCUCAGUACUUCCACCUGGCAGCCUGGGCUGUCCCUGCCAUCAAGACUAUUACCAUCCUGGCUGUUGGGCAGGUGGAUGGAGAUGUGUUGAGUGGGGUUUGCUUUGUGGGCAUCAACAGCGUGGAUGCCCUGCGGGGCUUCGUCCUGGCACCGCUGUUUGUCUACCUUUUCAUCGGAACCUCUUUCCUCUUGGCCGGGUUCGUGUCUCUGUUCCGCAUCCGGACCAUCAUGAAGCAUGACGGCACCAAGACGGAGAAGCUGGAGAAGCUGAUGGUCCGGAUAGGGAUCUUCAGCGUGCUGUACACCGUGCCGGCCACCAUCGUCAUUGCCUGCUAUUUCUACGAGCAGGCCUUCAGAGAGCAGUGGGAGAGGACGUGGAUUAGCCAGACAUGUAAGACGUAUGCUGUGCCAUGUCCUGUCCAGAACCACCCCAACAUGAGCCCUGACUUCACUGUCUUCAUGAUAAAGUAUCUCAUGACACUCAUUGUGGGCAUCACCUCCGGAUUUUGGAUCUGGUCUGGGAAGACACUCAACUCCUGGAGGAGGUUUUACACAAGACUGGCCAACAGUAAACAGGGUGAGACCACAGUGUAGUGUGGUUUUACCUCAACCCUCACUCAGACUGCUUAGUGACAAACUGAAUGAUAAUCCUCUUUAUUAUUUUCAUUUGAUCUGUCUUUGACUUACAGGAGACACUUGGUAUGUUUUUUUAAUGUACAUAUACAUUUGUGAGAUUUUUGUAAGUAUAUAUUUGUAUUUAAAGAUUUUAAAAAAUUCUUUCUUUUUUUUUUUUUUUUAAUACUUUUUUCAUACCUUGGACAUAAUGGAAUUGUACUUAACCAUCACCAAGAGCCAGCUGACCAUCAAAGAGCCUGAGGUCUCAUGACCUGACUCACUGUGGACACCACUGGGAGUAUUUCACAUCGAGUGUUUGCGUCUUUGAUCAGUGAACUGCCUGUGAGCGGUGGGUCUAUUCUAAGCAGAGUCCCGUGAAACCCAAGUGCUUCCUCGUGGCUGCCUCUUAUCCUGAUUAACCAGCUGUAGUUUGUUUCUGUUGUACUAUUGAGCAGCAGUUGCCUGGGUCUGGAGGGAAAUGCCAGCAGUCUGGGACAAGACACGGUGCACAGGUUGUGAAUGUGAGCCAUUGUGACAGAUGGUUGUGGCCUGUAGCUCAGGCCCUGACAAUUAUAACAUUCCUUUCCAAAUAAAGCACACAUAAUCAUGCCAGUUUAAAGGACCAUGCCGGUGUUUUUGCAUGUUUUACUCCUGAAAAUUCAGUUUUUACUGGAUUUUUUUUCCUACUUUUGUGCAAACUUUUUUUUUUUAAAUGAAACAUGAAAAUCUGCUCACAGCGUCCAACAUGGCCGAGCUUUAUUUUGUUUAAAUUGUGUAAUUGUUGCACUGCAAUGCAGAUGUAAGAGCAAAUUAAAAUGAAAAGGCCCUGCAUUAUGACGCAACAAUGACACAACUUUGACCAGAACAAAAGCAGGUAAAAUGUUCACAGAUGUAUUAGCUGACAAGCUGAUUUAUUUACUGUGGUGAAAGGAGCUGACAUCAGUGGCUGCCCAGUGGGAAGGAAAACACAUUAAAAAAUAUAGGACAUUAAAAAACAAUCAACUUUAAUGUAACUGACACGUACUUCAAGGUUUUAAAACAUGCAAAUAUACUAGUAUAUUCCUUAACAACAGUGAUUCAGAACAGCAUUAGCAAGGUCUGUAUUUGUAUUUAGUGAACCUAAAAGUGACAAAGUGAGUUGUUAAAAUACAAAGCUGGAAAAAUACAGAUAAAGCAGAAGACCUCUGUGUAUGUUAAAGCACAUUUUGAACUUAAAGCAUUUUUUGUAUACAGUGCUAUGUAAAAUCAUUGGACACCCUUUGAGCCUUUACAGUAUGAUUUGCUGCACAAUAAUGUUAAAAUUUCAGAUUUUCUGUUACACCGAAGUAAGGCAAAAUUUUAUUUAUUUUCAUGCAUUUAAUUCACCAGAAUGAAUAAGUUGGGUGAGCAAAAUCAGGUUUACGCUGUGUCAUCAGAGUAGAAUUGAAAUUAUUAUUCAUUUGAUUAAAUUGUUUUUUUUAAAGCAAACCUAAUCCACAACUAUACUGAUAAUUGAUUUAAUCCGUUCAGUAAUUUUGGAAAUAACCAUCCCCAACAUCUGCAGGUUCCAGCUUCUCAAAUGUGGAUUUGCUAUGGUCAUGCAUGAUCUUAAUAUUUUGGGAUUUUUGGUUUUUGAUUGACUAAAAUCAACAAUUUAAAUACAUGACCUUGGGUUUUGGCAAACCUUAAUGGGCAUUUUGUUUAAUUGGUUUUUUUUGUUUUUUUUAUUUCAAAUUUUCUGAUCAUUUAUAGAAAAAAGUAAAUAAUCUGCAGAUUAAUGAAAAUGAAGCCUAUAUCAGAUCAGUGGUGUCAGUGAAAAGUAUCUGCUUUCAUGAAAAGUAAGCUUUCAUGUUAUGCUGCACAGAUCUGAAGUUUCGGUUGUGACUGCAGCUUUUGAACAGGAUUCAGAUUUGUGAAUUGUACCAAUUUUGACUCUUACUGCCAAAAAAAAAAAAAAAAAAAAAGACAAGAAUUAUUCUCAGCAGAGGCAUUUUAGGGCAUUUUAGGGUGUAGCAUGGGUUCAGCUUCAAGAUACAAGCAUAUUGUGGAAUAUGAGGCUUACUGACAAUUUCGGGCUAAAGGUAGAUCAGUUUAAAAAAAAAAAAAAAAAAGAUCACUCUCCUCAUACUUUAUCAGACAAUGAUCAGAGA